AACUCAGAGCAGCUUUUCAAAGGCAGCGGUGCAGCCCGCGUACAUGGUGCUGGUCCGGGGGGGAUCGCCUGUUGAUUCUCGGAUAAUCCUCAGAGGUCUACCAGAGAGGGAAGGAGAGGGGGGGACGUGAGCGAGGCGGCGCAGGCGGGAGGGGGGGGCAGCAGCGCAGUCCGCGGCGGAUGACAGGCGGGCAUGGAGAUGCUGCGCCGCUCCUCUGUGUUUGCUGCAGAAGUGUUUGACCGCUCGCCCACCGACAAGGAGCUGGUGUCCCAGGCCAAAGCACUGUGCAGGGACUACAUCCAUUCCAGGCUGAACCGUGCCGGGAUAGGCUGGUCUAAGCCCGAGCACGGACUGGCUGCAUCAGGUGGGGCGCUGGGGGAGAUAUCAUCGGUCCUGCUGUGGCUGGGUGAUGAGUUGGAGUACCUUCGACCCAACGUUUACCGUAACGUGGCGCGACAGCUCAACAUCACCGUGGCGUCAGAGAGCAUCGUGUCCGACGCCUUCCUGGCUGUGGCUGCAGACAUUUUCUCCACAGGUGUGACCUGGGGGAAGGUGGUUUCUUUGUACGCCGUGGCUGGAGCCUUGGCAGUGGAUUGUGUUCGCCACGGUCAUCCAGCGAUGGUUCAUACCAUUGUCGACUGCAUGGGGGAGUUUGUCCGCAAGAGCCUGACCUCCUGGCUGAAGAGGAGAGGCGGCUGGGUGGACGUAACGAAAUGCGUGGUGAACACUGAUCCCAGCUUUCGCUCUCACUGGCUCGUGUCUGCUGUCCUCGCCUUCGGACACUACCUGAAGGCCACCGUGCUGCACCUCCUCAGGGAGAAGUGAAGCAGAGUCACACACUGGAUGCUGAGCAGACUGACCACCACUCCACCAAAGCAUCCACUGCUUUGGAUUAUGUUUACACUCGUUUGCACUGAGCCUUCGUUGAUGAACACCGACCCCUUCACAGAAAACAGACUUUAACUGCUUCCUCUGCUAGAUUGUCUAUUUAUUGUUAAUGCUUAUAUCAUGGUGCACGUUUGAUGUGAAUGUAUGAAAUCACUCAUGUUUUUAGACUUUCUUUUUUCCACAAAUAGCAAAACUGCUCAUUCUGUGGCCUGUUUGGCAGGCAGAGGUUUGGCUGCCCCUAGUGGUUGGAAGUGGUAACUACUGUAUAUUAACAUGAAUACUCCUUGGGAUCCUGAGGCCACUCAGGAGGACUUGGUCUUGCAAUCUCCAAUCUCCAUUUCUCACCUGGAUGGCAUUUAUGGCGAAACAGGCUAGCAAAUGCUAGAUAAAUGAAAAACACAAUGUAUUUUCCACUAACUGAGGGACUGUGGAAAAAUUAUUAGGGGGUCCAGAAAGGGGGAAGUGUUCAUCCUGCCUCCACAAGAAUAAUUAAAAAAGGGACCAAAUAGUUACACUUUGUGGUUUUACUGUGUGUGAUGGAUCAUAAAGGUGCUCCUUGCCAUAUAACACAAUGAUCCUGUAUCUGCCUGUCAUCACAAUCAGGUGGUAGCAAACAGGCUCAGCAUUAUUUUUGUGGGUAUUAGUAAUUAAAUGUUACCUCUGAACAGUUUUUCCUGCAUCACAACAGAAAGGAAGAAAAAUCUAAAUGUGGGGGCUUUUUUUCUUUAAAGUCAACUAUCAGAUUCAGCCCCCCCUUCACGGCCCUAUUAUUUUCAUACAGUCCCUAAUGAGUGAGCCUACAGUUACUACACGUAUGUCUUUCAAGCAGCACGAUAUGUUUAAUGCAGCUUUUUCCCUCUCUGCAUUGUUCACUGUGAGGCAGUGUGUUAUAUAGCUCUGCUGUAACUGCAGUAAUGCCAGUUCCAGUGUAUUUUCUCUGAGUUAGAGCACUUUGAUAGCAUUUCAUUUUUAGAAUUUAUUCCAUGAAUAAUGUCACUUUUACGUGGCGUGUAGCACUAGGAGUCCUAGAAAAGGAACAAAUGUUUGUGAGUCAUCUGCAUCUGUAAAUAUUAUGAGCAAUAAAUGAUUCUUUGAACAACC